GUGUCCUUACCUAUUAAUCGUAAUAGACAGAACGGAAAUGUACAGAAAAAAAACUAUAGUUUGACGUGGCAAUCGUGACAACUUAUCAAAAUAUAAUGUUUCCGAUCUAUUUAAAACUGUAAAUAAUAAAUAGGCAAAAAUAGAACAUUUCAAAAAUUACAUAAUAGAUUUGAGUGUUAUUCGUAAUUGAACUUUAUAUUCUCAUAAAUGGGAAUUGAAUUGGGUACGUUACGAACUAAAGGCAUUGGCCUUGAGGCGGACGAAAAACCGAGUUUCGAUACUUUUGUUGGCUUCACUUACAAACGGAAGGAGCGGCCUAUACAGCCAUGCGAGGCGCACUUGCAAUCCGCGCGCAUACCCCCAAAGUACCGUGACUACUGCGCUCACUUACUGUUGGAGUACCAGGUGUGCCGGUACAAGUAUUUCCCCUUUGUGUUCCUAUGCCACCACGAGCGACACCACUACCUCAACUGUGAGAUGGAAGACUACGUGCUACGAAUGAAGGAGUUCGAACGCGAACGCAGAUUAAGGGAGAGAGAGAUUAGAGUGCGGAAGAAACUAGAGCAGUGUGAAACAAUGCAAAAACAAGACCCUCCGGAAUGCAAAUGAAAUCAAUGCCAACGAAAUAUUUGUAAAAAUGUUGGUUUAUUUAAAUACACGUUUUGUUCGAUACUUGUUA